CAGUACACAUGUAGGUGGUGUGAAAGAGGAACAGUUGGUGGUUUUUCACUGGGCUCAAUGCACUGAGAACAUCUUCAGCACUGGUGUAAGAAACAAGAAGAUCUUUGAGAAGAUGAAGCCUCUGGUGAUAUACUCUCAACUUGGGAACAGCAGCAAUAACUCUGAAUCUUGCCUGAGGGAGACCCAGCAUGUGUCCAUCGUCAUCUUGCUGUGUCUAGUCUUCUUCCUGGGCUUCCUUCUCAAUGCCUUCAGCCUUUGGGUAUUCUGCUGCCGACUGCCCUGCUGGACCUCUGGAACCACAUUGCAGUUUCACCUGGCUCUCAGCGAUGCCAUUGCCACUCCAGUCACUCCCAUGAUUGCGGCGUACCUUGCCAUGGGCAAUAACUGGACCUUUGGUUGGUUCCUGUGCCAAGUCAAGAUUGCCCUGCUUAGUUCUCAUUUCUACGGCAGCACCAUAUUCCUCACUCUCAUCAGCAUCCAUCGGUACACAGCUGUGGUGCACUUCAACAGAAGAUCCUGCAUGAAACAGAAAAAGUUUGUAAGGAAGCUGUGUGUGGGAAUUUGGUCUCUCCUACUGAUCCAGGCUCUGAUCUAUGCUUUUAUGCUUCCUUUAAGUAAAGAAGGCAGUAAUAGUCAGUGCCUCUCCAUCCAUCAGAAUAGCCUGACAAAUUCCUACUUUGUCAUUAACUUCAUCCUGUUCCUCUUUGGGUUUCUAUUCCCUUUCCUUGUGUCAGCUGUUUGCUAUGGGCGUCUGGCGAACACCCUAACUCGCCUUAACAUUAGCUCAGCUAAGGGUCUGAAAGUCAAAGUGAAGUCUCAGAGAAUGAUAGGCAUGUGUCUACUGAUAUUUGGGCUGUGCUUCCUACCCCUGAACAUUGCACGAACCUUGGCUGUGGUACUGAAAAAAUACUGCCCACAACAAUGCAGUGUUCUUAGGCAAAUGGAGACUGUGUAUUAUGCAUCUUUAAUUUUAGCAGGAGUGAACAGCUGCCUGGAUCCACUGUUGUACUGUUUUGGUUCGCAAAAUUUUCAAAAUGCAUUCCAGUCUUUUAAGAUUCGGCAGGGAAGCAGUCCAACCAGAGGUGAUUCAGAAAUGAAUGCAAAUCAGUAACGCAGAGUCAUACAUUAUAACUGAAUGUGACUGUUAUUACAUUCCAGGAUUCACCGAUUGUAGAAAUUCCUUUUCAGGUCUGAAUCAGUAGCAACCAAGUCUACAAUUCAUGCUAUGGUGAGUCUGUGAACUUGUACUUGUGUGGCAGUGCUAAAUGCUAACAUCAGAAUGUGAACAUGUUCAUGAUAGCAAUAUUAAAUAAUAAUAAUCAUAAUAAAUAUUAUAACUUAAAACAAUGAUUAGGGUGUUAACUUUCUUUGUUAACUGCAAUGGCAUGCUAACAUUUGCUAAUUAGCCCUACAUACAUAAGGUUCAGUUAAGGCCACGGGAAAGUCAUAAAAUGUAGUUAGAAUUAUUUAGAAAUAUGUAAUUAUACAAAAUAUAAGAAUUUCAUCUGGUGGUGGUGCCAGAGGAAAUGUUUAAUAGUCACCAAAGUUAUUACAGUUUAUUCUGGUAAGGUAAAUGUCUUAACCAUUAAAGAUGGACGACAUGACAGAGCCCCAAAAGCAAAGCCAAAACAUCUGAAUUGCUCCCUGAUGGCUGACUGCAAUAUACAGGUCUUAUAAACAUCCCUCUCCAAGUUAGCUGGAAGGACAUGGACCAAACUAGAAAUUCAAAGAAUAUGUAAAAAAAAAAAAAGAUUCCUAGAGAUGCUAUUUGCCAUUUUAGGUAGUUCUUAUCACGUAUU